AAGAAAAAAGCAACACUACGGGGCGUGUAAUCCAACUUGAUCUUAAUUAUACGAUCAAUUGGAGUGGGGAAGAUUGGUGUUUAAAUGCGUCUUUGUUUCUUCCCUUUGAAGAGCUCCAGUACCUCUAUUUGGUUGAUAAUCAGAUUAGUAGAUGGGUCCCAAAUGAAGGUUUUGAAAGAUUCUCAGCGUUGCGCAAGCUAGAGAUGCUUUACUUGGCUAUUAAUCAUUUCAACAAUAACAUCCUGUCAUCGCUCAGUGGAAUUUCUUCGCUGAAGAUACUAGAUUUGAGUGUUAAUAAAUUGAAUGGAUCAUUCCACAUCCCAGGUAAGUCUCACGGCUAAAAUUCACAUCAAGUUGCAAAGAGACUGGAAGAGUGCCUCACACUUGAGGGUGUAAACUUUUGCUUCUUUUUUGUAUUUUGAGAAUUUCUGCUCUUAGUUAUUGAGAUUUAUGCAACUAAAAUCUCACUUUUUUUUCUUGGCUCUUUUAAAUUAAAUUACCGAAGAGAAUCAUUAUGAUUUCAGUUUUAGUUUAAGCAAUUGGAAUAAAUUAUGAGAAGUACAAAUAUUUCUAAAUUAAUAAAAUCGUGAACAAAUUUAAAGCCUUAUCAAUUUGUGGAUUUGAAAUAAUUUGGGUGAAAUGUGAUUUCAAAUUAAUUACACAAGUGUUAAUGCACUUAUGCUAGAGAAAAACUCUCAAAAAUCAAAUUCAUCUUGUGUCGUUAUAGUUUAUGUCGAACAACAAUUAAAAAAAAAAUCAAUUAUUAUUUUAGAUCAUCAAUAAUUUUAAAUAAUAAAAAAUAAUAAUAAUUUUAAAUUAUCAAAUGCAAAUGUAACCUUAAAAUAAUCCAGUCAAAAUCAAUUGAUGAAUAUUAUGAUUUAUAUAUAUAUAUAUAUAUAUAUAUAUAUAUAUGUGGAAUUCAAACUUCAAAGCAUUUAGCAACUUGGAGGAGCUCUACUUGGAUGACAAUGAGAUCGAUGACUUCGUGAAAACAACAACAAAAGGUUCAAACAACUUACCUAAGCUGCAAGUCCUAGAGUUGGGUUGGAACAAAGUUAAUGCACGAAUUUUCAAGUCAUUGAGCACCUUCACAUCAUUGAAGAUCUUAAGAAUGAGAGGAAACAAUUUGGAAGGAUCGUUUACAACUGAAGAGUUGAGCAAACUAAACAACCUUGAACAGUUGAUGUUGGAUCGUUCAUCGAUUGAUAAAAGUCUUCUUCAUAAAAUUGGAGUUAUGACUUCUCUUAAUGUAUUGGCAGUGAGCUACUGUGGACUGAAUGGCACCCUACCUGAUCGAGGCUGGUGUGAACUUAAGAAGCUCCAAGAGAUAGACCUCAGCAACAAUAAUUUUGAAGGGAGACUACCUUCAUGUAUGGCAAACUUGACAUCACUCCGGGUAUUGGAUCUCUCUAACAAUCACUUCAAUGGGAACAUUGUCCAGUCUCCACUAUCAAGUUUGACAUCACUUGAGUACCUUUCUUUCUCUGAUAACAACUUCUCAAUCUCAUCCACAUUUUCCUUCCUUUUCAACCUCUCAAAUCUUAAGAUCCUAUUAAGUGAUAACAAUAUAUUAGCUUUGGAACCUGACUCUCUUACUUUGAUUCCAACCUUCCAAUUAAAGGUUCUCAGUUUGUCAAAUUGCUCAAUUAACAUUCACAAUAGGACACCUCCCAGAUUUCUUCAUUGCCAAUAUGAUUUGCAAAUAAUUAAACUCUCUCACAAUAAGUUGGUUGGGCAGUUCCCUUACUGGUUGUUAGAGAACAAUACAAGAUUGGAGAUCUUUAUUGUAAAUAAUAACUCUUUCACGGGGCCUUUUAUGGUGCCAUAUGAUAUUCGUCCCAACAUGUUGAGCAUAGAUAUUUCUGAUAAUUACUUACAUGGUCCAAUUCCCACAAACCUCGGUUUAAUUUUUCCAAAUUUAGAAUCUUUAAAAAUGUCUAGAAAUAAAUUUGAAGGCAAUAUUCCUUCUUCUUUUGGGAAUUUGGUUUUCUUACAGGGUCUAGACUUGUCUGAUAAUCAUUUCUCGGGAACCAUACCAAUGCAUUCCAUAAUGGGUUGCUACAAUUUAGAAUUACUCAUAUUAUCAAACAAUAGCUUCAGUGGCCAAAUAUUUCCUACCAAUUCUAAUUGGACUAAGCUAGGAAAUUUACAUUUGGACAACAAUCACUUCUCAGGCACGCUUCCAACAUGGAUGGGGAACAUGACAUAUUUAGAAGAUAUUGUUAUGGCCAAAAAUCAUUUUGAAGGUCCUAUUCCAAUUGAGUUAUGCAAACUCGUUUCUCUUACAUUUCUUGACCUUUCGGACAACAAUCUUUUUGGCUCUGUUCCAUCUUGCUUCAAUUCCUCAAGUAUCCGUUUUUUUCAAUUAAAUAAAAAUUGCUUGAGCGGUCCAAUUCCAAGUUCUUUCCAAAACAACUCCAAACUACUUACACUGAAUCUUCGAGAUAACCAUCUAACUGGAAACAUUCCUAAUUGGAUUGGCAGCCUCUCAUCAUUGAGAAUUCUUCUCUUGAAAGAAAAUCAUUUAGGAGGUCAAAUUCCAAUUCAACUAUGCCUUUUGCAGAACUUAAACAUUUUGGAUCUUUCCUACAAUAAAUUUUCAAGUCUAAUUCCUCAUUGCUUGAGUAACAUUACUUUUGAUGCAUCUGUCCAUGGAACUUCUUUAACACAUUUAUCUUUAGGGGAAGCUUAUUUAAGGAGUUUGUCAUUAUAUUUGAACACAAAAUCAAUAAUUAUCGAAGAUCUGCCUGAUGAUAUAUCUCCGUUUAAUGGAUUUGUGAAUGUUGAAGAAGAAGUAGAGUUCACAACAAAAACUAGAACUUACUCUUACAAGGGUGACAUCCUCGAGUACAUGUUUGGAAUUGACCUCUCGUGCAACAACCUAGCAGGUAAAAUCCCACUGGAACUCGGUAGGAUGAGCAGCAACAUUCGUGCAUUGAACUUGUCACACAAUAGUCUAUUCGGACCCAUCCCGGUAACAUUCUCAAAUCUAAAGCAAAUAGAGAGUCUGGAUCUUUCAUACAACAAUUUGAAUGACAAAAUUCCACCUCAGUUGACCGAAAUGACCUCUCUAGCGGUCUUUAGUGUGGCACACAACAACUUAUCAGGCACAACACCAGAGAGAAAAAAUCAAUUUGGAACAUUUGAUGAAAGCAGUUACGAUGGGAACCCUCUCCUGUGUGGACCUCCAUUACAGAAUAGUUGCACCAAAAUGACACCACCAUCUACAAUGCCAGUGGAUAAUGAAGGGGAAGAAGGUGAUAUUUUCAUGGACAUGGGUGUCUUCUACAUAAGCUUUGUGGUGGCUUACAUAACAGUCCUGUUGGGAAUUCUUGCAGUUCUUUACAUAAAUCCAUACUGGCGUAGGGCGUGGUUUAACCUCAUUGAAGUGUGCAUUGACACUUGCUACUGCUUUUUUGUGGUUCAUUACCAUAAGUUGUUCAAUUUCAGCCUUGCAUAGCCUUGUAUUGCUACUAUUUUGUUGUGUUUUAUUACCAUAAGUUGUUUAAUUUCAGACUUGCAUAGCCUUGCAUUUUAAUGAUUACAUGUAUGUGUGUCUCUUCUUGUUGGAUUUUGAAUCUAAAGAUUGAAUUUUAAUA